CUGCUCAUUUACAUUUGACGCGCUUGUCCCUCCUCAACUCAGUCUUGGCCCGCUGCUCCGUGCAUCCAACAGCUUGCAUCAGGCGCUACUCAGAGACUAUGACACUGCCGGACUCUUUCAUCCAACGCCAGGAGCUCGAUGCCAGCAUGGCUGACACCUUCCUGGAACAUCUCUGUCUGCUGGAUAUCGACCAAGAACCAAUCACAGCGCGCAACACCAGCAUAAUCUGCACAAUCGGCCCUGCAUCCCGAUCCAUCCCCAAGCUCCAAGAGAUGGUCAAGGCAGGAAUGAACAUUGCUCGUCUAAAUUUCUCUCACGGCUCACAUGAAUAUCAUGGGGAAACCAUCAAAAACAUCAGAGAGGCUGUGGAGACGAUCACCUCUGACCCCUUGUAUUAUCGGCCCGUUGCCAUCGCCUUGGAUACGAAGGGUCCGGAGAUACGCACUGGAUUAGUGAAAGGGAAAGUGGAGGAGGAGGUGCUGUUGGAAAAAGGCAACCCUGUCCGUGUGGUGACAGCAGAAAGUGACAAAGAAAAGACAGACGGGAAGAUCAUCUGGGUGGACUACCCCAGCCUGCCCAAAGUCGUUAAGAAGGGAGGCAGGAUCUACAUCGACGACGGUCUCAUUGCACUUAAAGUACAGGAAACAGGCUCUGACUGGGUGGAUACGGUGGUGGAUGCUGGUGGGAUGCUGUGCAGUCGUAAAGGUGUUAACCUCCCCGGCUGCGACCUCAUCGGCCUGACGGCGGUUAGUGAGCGAGACGAGGCUGACCUGAGGUUUGGGGUGGCCCAGGGUGUCGACAUAGUGUUCGCCAGCUUCAUCCGCUCUGCCCAGGAUGUCAAAGAUGUACGGCGAACUCUGGGGGCACACGGACGACACAUCAAAGUGAUCAGCAAGGUGGAGAGCCGGCAGGGUGUUCAGAACUUCGAGGAGAUCCUGGCUGAAAGUGAUGGCGUGAUGGUUGCCAGGGGCGACCUGGGGAUCGAGAUCCCAGCAGAGAAAGUCUUCAUCGCCCAGAAGAUGAUGAUUGGACGCUGCAACUCUGCGGGCAAGCCCGUCAUCUGUGCCACGCAGAUGCUGGAGAGCAUGGUGGCACACCCACGGCCGACCAGAGCGGAGGGCAGUGACGUCGCCAACGCCGUGCUGGAUGGAGCCGACUGCGUAAUGUUAUCUGGGGAGACCGCCAAGGGACUGUUUCCUGUGGAGGCAGUCGCAAUGAUGCACUCGAUCUGCAGGGAGGCAGAGGGUGCCAUUUUCCACCAGCAGCUGUUUGAGGAGUUGCGUCGCCUCACUCCGCUCUCCACUGACCCCACAGAGGUCACAGCCAUUGGAGCUGUAGAGUCCUCCUUUAAAUGCUGUGCUGGGGCCAUCAUAGUCCUCACCACCAGCGGCAGAGCGGCACAUCUGCUGUCCAGGUACCGCCCUCGCUGUCCUAUUAUUGCCAUCACCAGAAGCCCACAGGUGGCCCGUCAGUCUCAGCUGCUACGAGGAGUGUUUCCUGUCCUCUUCCACCCUCUGCCUGCUCCCGUCUGGGCCGAUGAUGUCGACAACAGGGUCAACUUUGGCAUGGACAUAGGGAAAGCAAGAGGAUUCUUCAAGUCGGGCGACAUGGUGAUCGUGGUGACAGGCUGGAUCCCAGGGUCGGGUCACACUAACAUUAUGAGGGCAGUCAAUGUCCCAUAGACAACCUGAUGUUAUCUGACUUUAAAUCUGACUGAAAUGCUGACGAUGAAAACCAAAGAACCCCUUUUUAAAUAAAAUGAUAGCAACCGUCUCUUAUAGAAUAACCAAAGCAUUUUAACAGCAUCAUCAUUGUUAUUUAAAGUCAGGGUUAAGGUAGAGAAACACUUGUCACUGGAACUGGUCUCAUAAAUGCUGAACAUGUGUGUCUUGAAAGCGAUGACUCCCUCCAAAUAAAACUUGAACUUUUGCGUUUAA